AUGUUAGGUGUAUUGAUUGGGACCAGUUUUGUCUUCAAAAAGAAGGGUUUGAUCAAUUGCACCAAGAACGGAAUGCUCGCUGGAGAGGGACACGCAUAUCUAAAGUCCGUUAUGUGGUGGACAGGAAUGCUCAUGAUGGUUGCGGGAGAAGUGUGCAACUUUGUCGCGUACGCGUUUGUGCAGCCAAUUCUGGUGACGCCCCUGGGAGCUCUAAGCGUUGUAAUCUGCGCGGUUUUGUCCUCCAUCUUUCUGCGCGAACGACUCAACCUCCAAGGAAAAGUAGGGUGCGCGCAGUGCAUCAUAGGGGCCACCAUCAUAGUUCUACAUGCCCCUGAGCAGGCUGCUGUCAAGACGAUCCAGGAGUUCCAACACUACAUGGUUCAACCGGGCUUCCUUGUCUGGAUGAUAUUCAUCAUUAUUUUUUCGUUGGCGUUGAUUUUCAAGGCGGGUCCCAAGUGGGGGAGAGAGCACAUGAUGAUCUACAUCGGCGUCUGCUCCUUGAUCGGAUCCCUCUCCGUAGUAGCGACACAGGCACUGGGCGCGGCCAUUGUACACAACAUCUCCACGGGCGAGCCGCAAUUUAACAAUUGGUUCAUCUACUUUGUGAUCGUAUUCAUGGUCAUCACGCUGUUGACAGAGAUCAACUAUCUCAACAAGGCGCUGAAUCUCUUUAAUACUGCCAUGGUUACACCCACAUACUACGUGACGUUUACCUCGACUACAAUUAUCACGUCGGCAAUCCUCUACCAAGGGUUUGCUGCCUCUGUCACCGAUAUCCUCACUGUCUGCUUCGGGUUCUUAGUCAUCUGUGGCGGCGUUCUCUUGCUCCAGACAUCCAAG